AUGUAUCUUUCGAAAACUCCUCUUCUCAUUCUAUAUAUACGCCUCUUCGGGGUCAAAAACUGGCUGCGCAUAAUAUCGUACGUUACACUCGUGGUAUAUCUUAUACCAUCUUUGACGACCGUGAUCGUUGUUGGUGCAACAUGUUCUCGAAGUGUUGCAGCCAUAGAUGACAUCUAUAUCCUCGAGAAAUGUCUCGAAACAACACUUUCGGUCGGCGUUGUGAACGGAUCGACCGCAGUCAUUACCGAUAUCAUUGUUAUUCUUCUUCCGCUUCCCGUCAUAGCCAGACUCAGCCUUCCGUUCUACAAGAAGGUUGGAAUAGCUAUGGUUUUCUUGACAGGUAUCAUUGCAAUCUUUGCAAGUGCCAUAUCUCUCUAUUUCAAAUCGAUGUCCUUAGCUGGUCAUUCCACGACACUGGUAGCAACAUUAUUUUGCACGAUCAUCGAAUGUUCUCUCGCUAUUAUAGUCGGCUGCGUACCAGCGGUUCGAGCUUGUUGGUCUUCGUACAAGAUGAGCGACUUACAUAGCAGGAUUAAAGUUGCAUUUUCAAGAUCUGAGUCUAUCGAACUACUAAAGAACGGCGAAGAAGGUAAUUCAAUUAAAUAA